AUGAAGUCAACACGAAGCAUUGCCCUUCUUGGGCUUGUGCUUCUCAGCUGCCUUUCUGACGUUACAAGUCCUCUUUAACAGGCCUCCUGCAACACGUACCAGUUAGGGAAAAUGCACCUUGCCUGUCCCCGCCACUACGAACCUGUCUGCGGGACCGACAACGUGACCUACCCCAACGAGUGCUUCCUCUGCAACGAAUUCUUCCGUAACCGAGCCAUCGACAAGAAGCACGAUGGAAGAUGUGUUAGGCUCGACUGUACCGGCUACCUGAGAUCAAGCGGUGGUCGUGUGAUCCCCUGCACCCUGGAGUACAUGCCCUUCUGCGGCACCAACGGGGUUACCUACAGAAACAAGUGUGAAUUCUGCAGUGCCGUGGCGAAUGGACUGGACUUAAACCUGCGCAGUGUUGGAGAAUGCUUCCAGAUUGACUGCAGCGAACAGAAGAGCAGCAAUGUCAUCUGCACUGAUGACUAUAACCCCCUUUGUGGCUCCGAUGGCAGAACUUAUGGAAACAAGUGCCAGUUCUGCCGUGUGGUUUGGCGGAACCAGGGAACACUGUUCCUCAAACAUCGUGGUGAAUGUAGCGUGCAGGAGCCGUACUCUUUGCAGUGA